AUGCUUACACCCCGCAAGCAGGGCGCCCCACGUAGGGAGAGAUCGCUACGGCCUAUACAAACCAAGCUAGGAUGGCUCGCUAUAAGACGGGUGCGCGCGAUUCUUGCCGCAGUUUCGGCCUUGUUCUCUUUGGAUCCCGAUGGAGCAAAUACAUUCCCCUUCUUUGGAGAGCCUUUAGUUAAUGACGAGAUGUUUUACCAGUUUCUUAUCGAGCCGGAACAUGUGUUGGCACGAAUUCAACCAAAGCGCGCGGGCUUUCAGAUUACGUGCUCAGAGUACUUGAAACUAUUGCCUACAGUGGUUUUUCAAUUUCAAGGCAGGGAUAAUUUGUGUUGGUUCCCGAAGCCAGGCAACUUAGAGACGUCAUAUGCGAGCUCUUUGCUUGAUGAAAAGCGAAGUACUUUCUUAAACUCUAGAAGAUCGAUUGUUCUCUUUGCGAUACUGCAGUCUAUGAAGGAAGAGAAGAGUUUAAAAAUCGGUCGAUAUCUGGGGGGAAUACAGUUGAAGAGGAGACUUUCAACAACUAUCAGGCGUCCCAACUACAAUCCCUCAAUUAUUUUGAACCAUUCGAGCAUAGGUGCCUCUUACCAUAUUUCCUUUGGUAGCCGCUAUGUCGAUUCUUCUAAAGCCGAAUUUGGAUUCACCAAAGGGCUUAAUGCGCGGCUGGUGGCUGACGUAGAGGCUUGCCCACAUCAUGGUGAUGGUGAUACAAUGCCGUACCUAGUCAAGCUUCUCACGUGGACACCUGUUCCGGUUCCCUCAAUGCCAUUCUGGCCUAAGCAAUUGGCCAGCCGAGUAGUUGGAAUGUUUUAUGAGAUUGCAACAAUGCUAUUACGUCACGAAUUUUCUGAACGUAUUAUCGAGGCAUUCUAA